AUGGAUUGCACUGGAUUUUUCUUGUUUGUUUGUUUAAUCAUCAUACUUAAUCCUGGAUUUCAGAGAAUCGGUGAGACUCUGGAUGCUGAGAUAAAACGUUGGGGUGCGGGGAAGGAGGGAAACUUGCGUGCCUUGCUUUCAACGUUACAAUAUGUUCUUUGGCCAGAGUGUGGUUGGCAGCCUGUUUCAUUGACCGAUUUAAUUACCGGUGCUUCUGUCAAGAAAUUUUACAGGAAGGCUACUCUCUGUAUACAUCCUGACAAAGUUCAGCAAAAGGGCGCUAAUCUCCAGCAGAAAUACAUUGCCGAGAAAGUGUUCGACAUGCUCAAGGAAGCAUGGAACAAGUUCAACUCUGAAGAACUCUUUUGA